UAGAGCGCGCAAAGGAAAAUAACGCAAGACGCCUCGUCUUUGGCCGUUAGAAAUAAACCUAAGGCAUAAGGACGGACGGAUACUUAAAGUUUUUUUUAACACAUUGUUCACGUGGUAAUAUUCAAGAUUGUUGAAAGGUGACCCUUGAGCGAUCGAUUGCACCUAUUGUAGUCUGCGCAGCGGAGUAGAGCGGCGGCCGAUUUUUUUUUCUGGAGAGCGACAGACCCCAAGAGCAAACAAAUCUACGUAAAUUUUCGAGGGCCUUUACACUAGAGAUUACCGUGGGGGUCUGUAAGACAUGAGUCGAAGGAACGUCUCCACCGAGAACGGAGCCGUCAAUCAAAACGGCGACGUUUCCGAAAAACAGGAGUACAGUCACGUGAUGAACGGAAAGAGUCACGCGACAAACGAUAAGGCGCCAGCGAAUCAAGAGAGGCAGAAGAACGAGAAGGUCAAUAUCUCGCCUGGCAUUCCCGGAUUUAGCAUACCAUUGUUGGGGACAUUUAUGCUACUGUGGCCACCCCUCUUCGUAUGGUUCUUCUGGCUUUCCUGUAAUUCAUAUGAGUGCUCGCUACGCACCAUGGGAGAAGUUUUGAUAUCCCACAUACAAGAGGGGACACUGCUAAGUUACGUCUGGGAAAACAUACCGGAAGUGACGUUAUCUGGUGUUGGGCUCUUUCUAACGUGGCUCACGCUACAGCUGGUUCUCUACCUAGCUCUUCCCGGGCGAAUAGCCACAGGUAACCCGACUCCAGCUGGGAACAUUUUGUCUUACAAGUGCAACGGUUUGAACGCUUGGAUUUUUACGCAUGCGCUGUUCAUCGCGCUUGCGUACUUUGAUCUCAUGAAGAUGACGGUGAUUUACAACAACUGGGGAUCUCUACUGGUCCUCGCUAACAUCCUGGGAAUACUGCUGACCGCCUUUGUGUAUGUAAAGGCUCACUACUUCCCCACUCACAAGGAAGACCGCUGCUUCAGCGGCUCAUUCUUCUACGAUUUCUACAUGGGCAUCGAGGCUAACCCACGCAUCGGAAACCUGGACUUUAAAUUGUUCUUCAACGGUAGGCCAGGAAUUGUGGCUUGGACCCUGAUCAACCUCAGCAUGGCGGCGAGGCAAUACGAGCAGCUUGGAUACGUCACCAACUCUAUGUUACUUGUCAACAUCCUUCAGGGCAUGUACGUCGUCGACUUCUUUGCGCACGAGGCCUGGUACCUAAGGACCAUCGACAUUGCGCAUGACCACUUUGGAUUCUACCUGGCCUGGGGCGACUGCGUGUGGCUGCCAUUCAUGUACACGUUGCAGGCGGUCUACCUGGUAUACCACCCUAUACGCCUCAGCUGGAUUGCCAGUUUUGUGAUCUUGGCUCUCGGCAUUUCCGGUUACCUUAUCUUCCGUCUAGUCAACUCCCAGAAGGAUUACUUCCGGUGUCAGAUGAAGCGCACAGGCAGCUGUGAAAUCUGGGGCGAGCCCGCAAAAUACGUGACUGCAGAGUACACCACCUCGGAUGGCGAAGUGAAGACGUCCUGGCUUUUAGCUUCCGGUUGGUGGGGGCUUUCCCGCCAUUUCAACUACGUAGGAGAUCUGAUGGGCUGUCUUGCAUAUUGCGCCGCAUGUGGUACUGGUCACGUGCUUCCGUACUUCUACCUCAUUUACAUGACCGUGUUGCUGGUGCACCGUUCGUACCGUGAUGACGUCAGAUGCAGGGAGAAGUACGGGAAGUACUGGGCCGAGUACACCAAGCUUGUGCCGUAUAGAAUAGUCCCGUAUCUCUUCUAGUCCCGUAUGUUAUCAAGGUCUGCAAGCAAUUCUUUUGUAUUUGAUUUACGCAGGGAAUCGUAUUCUAUUGUAACUGGUGAAAAAAAAAAAGAGAUUGCAUAAGCUCUGAAAUUAUUAUUUGAAAAACCAAAGAAAUAUAUGAAUUAAGGUCGGAAUGAAUGAAAACAUCCUCUUGAAAACAUCCUUUUGGGAAACACGUGGAAAAUAGUGUAUUCUAUUCUUGAAUUAGUAAAUAAUAAAGAGUUAUUAAACUCCAA